GUUCGCUCGCCGUCCUUUCUUCAGCUACUACCGUUAGUAUUUGUCUGUAUUCAUUUCCCAAAUGGCUGCAUACAAGCUGGUUCUCAUUCGCCAUGGCGAGAGCUGCUGGAACCAAGAGAAUCGAUUCUGUGGCUGGUUUGACGCGGACCUGAGCGAGACAGGGGCUCAGGAGGCGAAGAGAGGAGGUCAAGCUUUAAAGGAUGCAGGGUUUGAGUUUGACAUUUGUUACACCUCUGUGCUGAAGAGGGCCAUCCGGACACUGUGGAUUGUUCUGGACAGUAUUGAUCAGAUGUGGCUGCCUGUGCACAGGACCUGGCGGCUGAAUGAACGCCAUUACGGUGGUCUCACUGGGUUAAACAAGGCCGAAACUGCAGCCAAGCAUGGUGAAGCCCAGGUUAAAAUUUGGAGGCGCUCCUAUGACAUUCCACCACCCAGUAUGGAUGAAGAUCAUGACUUUUACAGCAUCAUCAGCAAGGACCGACGUUAUGGUGAUCUGACUGAGGACCAGCUGCCUUCUUGUGAGAGUCUGAAGGACACUAUUGCACGUGCUCUGCCUUUCUGGAAUGAUGAAAUUGUGCCUCAAAUCAAGGAGGGAAAGCGGGUGUUGAUUGCCGCUCAUGGAAACAGUUUGAGAGGCAUUGUGAAGCACUUAGAAGGAAUGUCUGAGGAGGCCAUCAUGGAGCUGAAUCUGCCCACAGGGAUCCCUAUUCUUUACGAGCUGGACAAGAACCUGAAGCCCAUCAAGCCCAUGCAGUUCCUCGGGGAUGAGGAAACCGUUCGCAAAGCCAUGGAGGCUGUGGCAGCUCAGGGCAAAGCCAAGAAAUAGAGUAUUUACAUGAACAACUUUUAAAUUAUACAUCAGCACUGAAUUACUUUAAACAAGGCUCCUAUAUUUACCAUCAAGACGGUGCUCUAUAGGAGAAGGAUGUACAAGUUAAAAUAAAUAUAGGACCUAUAAAGUAUGUAACCAGCUUGUAAUUCUUUGGAAUGUUGUGAAAUAUUUAUUAGUUAAACAGUUUACAAGGACCACAUUUUUGUUUGGAUUUGUCUCUGUGUGAUUCAUUCCAUAAUUUACGUCGUCUACACUUUAUUUUGAAGAAUGUGUUUGGUCGUGUUUUCUCAAGCACACAGAUUUUCACAUUAAACCAUUGUCAAAACUAAAA